AAUACCUGUGACAUUCGUGAACAGUCGUCUGAUUUUGAUCUGUCAAACAUUUCGGCGUAAACAACGUCAUAAUAAAUAAAUGUGAGUUACAUCUAACAAGAGCCCAAACGGUGAACGUUGUGGAUAUCUCUGAAGAAGAACAAUACCACAUAACCUAUAAGCAAUUCCUUAUACCUACACUACACCAAAAUGCUACUAUACAUGUUUUUAUUGGUAGUAAAUGCUUGGAGUAUUCCUGCAGCACCACUUUUUACCACAAACAACAAGUGCCUUGCCUCUUCCAAAUUAAUUGUCACAAAUGAAUGUGACAAUCUGAAUUUAUCCAUGUCCAUUAAGGUACCCACAGAGGAGAACACCAAAGUUAUUCGAUGCAGUCUUCUAAAUGAAACAUUCAAUAACCUCUGCAACGCAAGAAAUGAAUCCUUCUUGCAGUCAUUACUAACCUCUCAUAAUUUUGAAGAUGAUGUGCAGGCUGAGGAAGCUUGUCCCCGCAUCUCCAGCUAUUUAAACAAAACUGGUUUAUACCAGUACUUUAAUAACUUGGACACAUGCAAGAAGAUAUGUGUGGAUUUUGGUGGCAAGUUUUACAACAUAUGUAAAUACAUUGCAGAAUUUUCCUAUUUGAUUGUACACCCAUUGGAUAAUUUACCAUCUGAUGCUCCAGCUCAAAUUCCUGAAUCAGUUUUGUCAAGUGUCCAGAAUAAUACAUCAAAUUUAGAAACACCAAGUAAAUUGAUGGAACAUAAAGGGCAAGAAACCAUUUCAGCAGUACCAGCACUUGCUGUUGUUGAGGCAGCUAAUGAACUUCCUAAUAAGGAAAAAAUAACUCCAAUUCCUCAAGGUACUUCAAAUGAUACCAAGCCAGCGGUAGAAGCGAAGAUAACGUCUACUACUGCUGAACAAUUGCCAACAAAUGUUAAGACAGGCACUGAAAAUCAGGCAGCCCCUGUUGUUGAUUCAACAGUCGAUGGAGCUGCACCACACGCCUCACAGGAAGUUUAUAAGAAACCGAUACAAGUGGAUGUUGAAGCUGUCAGUACCACAACCAUUGUUCAAGCGAUAUCUUCGACGACAUUGAAAACCGAAGAUAAGACCACUCCAACUGUUGUGGAUCCUGAAAAGCAGAACAAUAAACUGUUUGAAGAUAAUCUGGAAGACAGUAAUGCUGAAAAUGAUCUUGAUAAUUUGGAAUAUCCAGAGCAAGAAAAACAACAGGAGGAAAAAUUGGAAAGUAAUUUGAAGCCGAUUAAAACCAAGGAAAGCAUGUUUCCAUACGCCAAUGAUACUGCAGUUAACGAAGAUGAUUCGUACUUCUUCUUUUACUUCAUGGUAGUCUGUGUAGCAUUCGUGCUUGGAUAUGUGGGAUACCAUAACAAACAAAAGAUUUUGGCUAUUGUUUUGGAAGGACGAAAAGGUAGAAGGAGCCAAAGGCGGAGACCGAAUUCGGCCAACUAUCAUAAGCUCGACUGCAAUUUGGAGGAGGCCGUAACAUCUACGUGCAGCAAUAAGAGCACCACAAAUGUGAUUUACUGAUUGGGACAAUUAUUUUUUUUAAGUAGAGCUUAAAUUAACAAAAAAGGGGUUCUCUUUUUAUUCAACUUCUUUCUUUAGAUCCGGGACUUAAUAAAUCUGUGAUUUAUAUUUGAAUAUUUUGUAUUACGUUUGGUCUUAAGGAAAUCGUUUUUUUUUCUUCCACUGAAAUUGUUUCCACUGUACAAUCACGCUAAUAACAAACAUAUAGUCUUUGUGCAAAGAAAAAUUUAAAUAUUGUAUAGUAUAUAUUAUAUAAAAAUACCAAAUA